AUCUAAGAAAAGUCCAAACCAAUCUUUCCACUCCUAAAACAAGUUCAUUAUUAUAUUUGGUCCGCUUCUUCUUUUUUUUCUUUUUUUCUUUUUUUUUUUUUUUUAAAUAUGCAAAGGCUCAACAUAUUUCUUGGCAGUUGGCAUCUCCACUAGGCAAAGCAGAUUUUUUUUAACCAGAAAAAGAAGAAGGAAGACAACCCUUUGUAUAUCCGAAACAUUUCGAUCGGAUUCUAUCGGAUUUUAGAGAAAUUUUUGAAUGUUCUAAUGACUAUGGAGUCUGCGGCCGUGGCGGGGAACAGUUUUCCUCAAUUGAGGAGGGGAAGUUUUGCUUUGAGGCCAUCCGAGGAGGUUGCUUUCAAAAUGGUGUCGUUUGUUGGUCUUUCGGCUUCAUCGUCUUGUCGUACUUGUGGGAUCAACUCUUUUGAAGACAAGAAGUUGUCAAAGCCAACGAGUGAAAUGCGGAGAGUUGCCGAUCACCGGGACCAUCGUGAUAUUUCCAAGAGAUUGCACAAAGAUUUGAGCUCUUUUCCAAGACCAUUAACCAUCUCUGAAUUUUCUAUCAAUUCCAAGGAUGAUACCAAGGUGCGAAUCGCAUUCAAGGGAUUACCGGGAUCGUAUAGUGAAGAUGCUGCACUCAAAGCAUAUCCUAAAUGUCAAACAGUUCCUUGUAAUGAGUUUGAAGAUACGUUUAAGGCUGUUGAAUUAUGGCUGGCUGAUAAGGCGGUUCUUCCGAUUGAGAGUUCUUCUGGAGGAAGCAUCCAUCGCAACUAUGAUUUACUCCUCCGUCAUAGGCUUCACAUUGUGGGGGAGGUUCAAUUGGAUGUUAAUUUCUGCCUUCUGGCUCUACCGGGAAUUAGAGCAGAUCACUUAAUGCGUGUUCUAAGUCAUCCUCAGGCACUUGCCUCAAGUGAUACUUUCCUAAGUAAGUUAGGUGUGGCCCAAGAAAAUGCUGAUGAUACGGCCGGUGCUGCUCAGUAUAUUGCGUCAAAAAGGCUGAGGGAUGUCGGUGUUAUUGCGAGUGCUCGAGCUGCAACUAUUUAUGGCCUCAAUGUAGUAGCAGAAAGCAUCCAGGAUGACCUUUAUAACGUAACACGUUUUCUUGUACUUGCAAGGGAUCCAAUUAUUCCAAGAGUUGAUAAGCCGUUCAAAACAAGCAUUGUGUUUACUUUGGACGAAGGCCCUGGAGUUUUGUUUAAAGCAUUGGCAGUGUUUUCUCUGAGGGAGAUAAAUUUGACAAAGAUUGAAAGCCGGCCACAAAGAAACCGACCAUUAAGGGUAGUUGAUGACUCCAACACCGGGAAAGCCAAGUACUUUGACUACCUUUUCUAUAUCGAUUUCGAGGCAUCCAUGGUGGAGCCACGCGCACAAAAUGCUCUAGAGCACUUGCAGGUUCUAAACGCCCUUCUUUUAUGCUAAAUCAUUUUUAGCAUGUACUUUUUCUCACUCUAUCAUAGCGAAGCAUGUCAU